AUGUACAACUGCCAAUUUCCUGGCUGUGGCAAGUCCUUCACUCGUCCAUACAACCUUACAUCACAUAUGCGCACCCACACAUCUGAACGGCCUUAUGCGUGUCAACAUUGCGGUCGACGAUUUGCACGACAACACGAUCGAAACCGCCACGAGAAACUGCAUUGGAACAUCAAACCUUAUGUCUGCUCCAACUGUAGCAAACCUUUUGCUCGCAUGGAUGCAUUGAAUCGCCAUCUCAAG